CUGAGAUGUUGUUCCGGUAAAAGUAAUUUCUAUUUACUGCACCAAAUCAUGAGAGAGAGGAGGAAAUUAAAUUGCAACGGCAAACAAAGAAACUCAAUUUGCAAAACCGGAGAUCGCCGUCGACCAAACCCUACCGGCUGCGGUAACAGUCGCCGCCUACCUCUCGCCGCUUUCUCAAGACAUGAGAUCUUGACAGAAUCAAAAGGAAUGAAGAGUCCAAGCAAAUCUCUUGACGUGUUUGACUUCAAAGAAGAAGAUGAGCUGACAGAAAUGACUGUCAGAAAGUUUACUCCCGAGUUUGGGUGUCCUCGGGCCCUUAAUGCGGAAAAUUAUGAUGCGAAGACGCCAGAACUAAGCCCUGUUCUACAAAAUGAUUUUGUUAGCCUUGGACAAGCUGCCGCAAUUAAAGAAGUUGAAUCCGGAAUUAUUUCUUCCAAUGUGGAAUAUGGCUCAAGCCCCGGUGCCCCUCUAGAGGAUCAUUCAAAUGAUUCAUUUCCAGCAUCUUCAUGCAAUAAUGUGCAGGUUAAGUCUGUUUGCUUGGCUUCAGGUGCCAUUAACAGCAUGGAUCAAAGAUCACCAUAUGAUAAUAAUGCUUCUUCUGAUGGACCAUCACCUGACUGUUUCGAUGGUGGGGAUUUGGAUGGUGAGAGGGAGGGAAUUGAUUUCUAUGCUGAUUAUCUGGAUUACCGGGGUUCACAAUAUAUGGAUUCUGUGGUAAGCUUCUCUAAAAGUUAUGUUGAAGCUAGAAGCAGAACCAUCCAUGGAGAUUUUCAUAUUCAUAUGGAAAUUGAUGAUAUUGUCAAAAUAGAGUCUCAGUGGAGUGCUCAGAUUGAGGCUGGUAUAAUCAAUAUAUAUUUCUUUGCAAAAGAUGCAGCACAAGUUGAAUCUGAUGAUGUCCACAAUGCUUCAGCUGUAUCAAGAGUCCAAGAGUUGCAAUUUCCAGCUGUUGAUCCUAACUGGUACCAGAAACUUGAAGCAAUUGAAUCUCUGGAUGACAGAUAUAAGGCACUUUGGAAUGUCCUACUUGAGACUGGAGUGGAUUAUUCUUUGAGAGGAAGGGAAGAUUGGAUGCUCACGAGAAGCUACUUUCCCAAAUUCGAAAGGCCUUUUGAAGAAGUGAUUUAUCCGAAAGGUGAUCCUGAUGCUGUUUCCAUAAGUAAGAGAGACGUAGAUCUGCUACAACCAGAUACAUUUGUUAAUGAUACAAUCAUAGACUUCUACAUUAAAUAUUUGAAAACUAGACAAAAUGUGGAUGAGAGAACUAAGUUCCAUUUCUUCAAUAGUUUCUUCUUUCGAAAGCUGGCUGACAUGGACAAAGAUCCAUCCAGUGCUUUUGAUGGCAGGGCAGCUUUCCAGCGUGUUCGUAAAUGGACAAGAAAAGUAAAUUUACUAGAAAAGGAUUUCAUUUUGAUUCCUGUCAACUACAAUCUCCAUUGGAGUCUUAUUGUAAUUUGUUACUUUGGCGAAGUUGCGAGCUAUAAAGACCGGGAUGACGAGUCGGGAAGAGUGCCUUGUAUAUUGCAUAUGGAUUCUUUGAGAGGAACUCAUUCUGGCCUUAAAGAUCUCAUGCAAAGUUAUUUAUGGGAGGAGUGGAAAGAAAGGCAAAAAGGAACAUGUGAAGAUCUUCAUUCCAAAUUCAGAAACUUAAAGUUCGUACCACUUGAGGUACCGCAGCAACAAAAUUCAUUUGAUUGUGGACUUUUCUUGCUUCACUAUGUAGAGCUCUUUCUCGAGGAAGUUCCCGCUAACUUCAAUAUCUACAAGAUCACACCAUCCCUUAACUUUCUCCAGGAAGAUUGGUUUCCUCCUGCUGAACCCUCCAUCAAAAGAACUCAUAUUGAAACAUUAAUUAGUGGUUUGCUUGACUCCAAAUCUGAAGAAUGCCUGCCAUCUGGUGGGAGUGGUAUGCAUUCCCCUGAAGAUCUGAACGCCACUCAUGGCUUUGACAAUGCCAUUCAGUUUGCAGUAAAAUCUCCCCCUCCUUUGGAUGGAUUUCAUGAGAGCUCGCUAUGUGAGGUUGGCCAGGGAAUUGAGCUGACUUUACUUCCUACUUCAUCUGCAAGAAGCACCCAAUGUACCAAAACUUCAGGAUUGGUUUUAAAGGAGUUGUUUAAGCAAGAAUCUACUCCAGAAUCUUUUGCUGAUGCACCAUGGGAAGCUUUAGAAAGCAAAGCAUCUAUGUUUGAGCUUAAAAGCCCUGCUUCUUUUCCAGAGUAUGUCUAUCAACAGGCAGAAGUGAAAGCUACGUGUUUUGCGACCUCAGAGUUGGCCAAACAAAUCUUCCAACAUCCAGAUGAUGUUACCCCAGAAGCACCUAUGAUUCCCUACCAAUCCGAAGAUUAUAAACCAGGGGCAGUUUACCAACCCACACCAGUGGAUGCCGACUCAAUUCCAGUGGCAUCAUGCCGUGACUCUGGAGCACUGCUUAAUGGCGAGGGUCUUGCCGACAUCAAUGCCCCAAACGGCAAUUCAUUUUUCAUGAAGAAUUUCUCAGAGCUCCGCCAAGAAGCUAGCCAGUCGCACAAUCACACCCUCCCAGAUGUAUUUGAGUGUGGUGACAGGUUGAAUGCUGUUGAGUGUGAAAGCCCAGAUCUAAUUCGCUACCCCAACAAUCAGGUCGACCCACCCCUGCCGCACUCUAACUCUUCGCCCGGGUCAGCUGAGCAGGGUAAUAAUGGUGUCGAGCGAGAAUGGGUUUCAGUAUCAGCGGAAGAGCAGCAUGCUGCAAAAAGGAUGCGAAUCAGCCCCAGUGGUGAAGGAGAAGAGCUUAAUGACAAUCUGUCGAAGGACCUUAAUUUGUAAGGUAUAGUGCUAAACUCAAAUAGUUUGUCUUCCACAGCCAUGGAUGCUUUGGGAGCUUUUGUGGCCGUCGUUUUGUAUGAAAUAUGUAGAUUAUAAGUGGGAAAAUUGGAUUGAAAUUUCAUUCUUAAACUUUCUCACGGAUCAUAAAGUAGUACUAUACACUUUGAAAUCGUUGAUUUGAGGUGUUUUAAACAAA